GUUGCCUGGCAGUAGUUGUCGAGUAGAGAUCGAAGCAGAGCAUGGCUACCUUAAACCGCGAUUGCUUGAGUGAGCACGAUCGGCAGGUGCUGGAAUCGAUUUUCAACCCAUCGCAAAUCGGUGGCGAAGAACUGCUGUAUACUGGGAAGGAGGAGUUUCCAGAAGAUUUGCAAGACCUUGCCGAACCGGACAACCCGCACAUCCAGCAAUCGAAGAAGCUUGAAAUCGAUGCAAUCGAACUGGCCGAGAGUGGAAAGCUUAAGGAUGCCGUCGAUCUGUUCAGCAAAAGCAUAGACGCAGCGCCGGAACGCCCUGCACCGUGGAACAAUCGAGCUCAAGUGUACCGCUAUCUUGGCAAUGAGAAAGCUGCACUGGAAGACAUCGAACAGGCGUUGAAGCUUUCGAAUCGUUCCGGGCGGACUGGCUGUCGGGCGCUUUGCCAGCGCGGUGUACUGCGAAGGAAGAAUAAGGACACGGAUGGGGCACGGGAGGACUUUGAGGCGGCGGCAAAGCUGGGAAGUCAAUUUGCCCGGACGCAACUGAUUGAACUGAAUCCAUACGCGGCGCUGUGCAACCAGAUGCUGCGGGAGGUGAUGAAGGUAACGUAAGGCGAAACUGAACUGCUUUUUUAGGGGGCCGAUCCAUAUGGAACAUCUGGACAGUGGCACAUUGGGUGCGUCUCUUGUCAUCUGAAUGAAUCGACAGAAAAUGCUAUAAAUGAUAUAAGAAGGGAAGAGUUGUU